UCCCAACAGCCCUGUAUUGCCCUGUCUGAGCUUCCUCUGACCCCCCCAAGAGAAGAGAAUGGCCUAUGAAAACCCAGCUGACAUCCUUGACAUCGCCAGGUCGAUGUCCAAGUACCCAUGGCUAGAAUACCCAGAGAGGACCAAAGAACUCAGAAAAGCCGUGGCUCCAGUUCAGCUGCCCUUGUCCUGCUACCAGACACCAAAGGAAGAGUUUCCCCCUAGCCCGGAGUCCUGGAGGCAGCACCCAAGCAAGCCACAUUCAGUGCCGUACUGUUACUUCAAGAAGCCUGAGGUCUACACACACUGGCACACCCUAUAUGAUAAACGACAAGAACGGGAGGCCCAGAAGAUGCUGCGGAAAAUGAGAGACCACUUUAGGCAACUCAAAGAGGGCACCCUCAUCCAAAAAUCCCAUCUCCCUAUGAGUAAGCUGACUACAAAACCCCAGAUGGAAUCCAAGCCCUCAGACACUACGAAGGAUCCCCUGAAGUGGCAAAGAUUAAAGGAACUCACAAAAAGCCUGGAAUCUCCCAGAGAGUCUGAGCAAUUCUAUGCAGCCAAGGCUCUGGGGUGCCUGGGCAUCAGUGAGCAGUUUGUACUGGAGGCACUAUGGCAGGUGGCCCGAACUGGCCCAGAGAAAGUGAAGUCUGAAGCCUGUAGAAGCCUGGUCCUCCUGGGUUGCCUGAAUAAGCACGUGAUCCAGGUUCUCAUCACACAGUUGAAGGCGAAAAAUGAGGAGCAAAAAAUGGACGCUCUGACGCAGCUACGAAUGGCUCUCAACUCCCAGGCUGCUCUCCCCAGAGACAAGAGAACUCAAGUUGGGGAUGAAGAGAAGUUGGUGUCUGUGCUACGGAUGCUGAUAAAUACAUCAUCAAAUGAAGCAGCCAUGGAGGCAGCCUUGUGCUUGGGUUUCCUGAGGCCCGGCAGCCACAUAGCCCAAAAGUUCUUGCUGCAAUGCCUAAGCCAAGGGUCCAAAACCCAGCAGAUGAAGGCACUUAGGAUGCUGGUCAAGAUGAUGCAUGUACAAUCAGCCACGGUCAUCAGGGCCAUCCUAGACCAGCUGUGCUCUUCUAGUGUCCUGGAGCACCGCUUUGAAGCCACCCAGAUGCUCAAGACCAUUGGACUGGAACAGAUCCAGGCACAAGGGCUGGAGGGACUCACAUUUGACCUGCUCUGGAGGAAGACUUACAACGAACCUUUUCUUGCUAUGAGGCAGGCUGUGGCCGAAACUGUGGAAGAGCUGAAGAUGAAGCCUAUGAUGAUGAACCUGGUGGAGGCGCAACUCUUGAACUCAAAUGCCACUAUGCGCCAGGAAGCAGUCAUCUCCUUGGGUGUCCUGGGGAUCCGCAGCCCACAUGUGUUCCACUUGCUGUUGGACAUGUUAGAUGCAGAAAAGAGCCAGCCUGUGAAGAAGAGUCUACAAGACACAUUAACUCUCUUGGCCUCAGUUGAUCCUUGGAUCCAAAACAAGCUAAACAAGGUUCUCUUUGUAUAUGAAGCACCUAAGACCAAAGAGGAGGCAGAGCCUACAAGUUUCCGGAAAGAGCCUGAGAACCUAGAAGAGUUAAAUAUCCAAGACUUUAAACUAGCACAGCUGAACCCCUUGUUUAUUGAAAAGUCCAGAACCACAUCAGAUGAACAGAAAAAGCUGAGUGCCCAGAGAGGGUCUGCCUUCCACCUCACUUCUACCUUCCCAAUCUGUUUCUCUAAACCAAAACACAAGGCACAGGCCACAAGGCCCUGGGUGCCAGGGAUCAGGAAGCAGCUCCAGAUCCUUGCUAAAACCUCUAAAUAGGUCAGUUCUUUGGGCCUCGCCCCCAUCCUUUCCCUGAGGUUAUUUCACAGGCUCCCCUGAGAAAACAAUCUAUACUUAUCUUUCAUGAAUAAAUGGAUGUCACUCUA